UAAAUCUAAAUACUGACCCGAAUCAUUUUAUCCUGACCCGGUAACUAUUUCGACCGACCAGUUAACCUCUGCUAAUGAAAAUUCGAUCCUUUCCUAUAACGAGUUUCGAUUAGCAGAUCUAAGUCCUUUAUCAUCUUCUUUUUUUUUUUUUUGUGAUUCUUGUUCUGUAAUUGGAGGUCGUUCAAAGCUUGGACUUUGUUGUUAGGGUUCAUCUCUCAAGGGGUUUUAUGAGAUCUUAGAAGCUAUGGGAAUGGCGUCCAUGAGCUCUAAUGGUGAAAGCCUUAAACUUUGCGUGUUCGACUUGAGGAGAGGACAAAACGAAGGACAGGAGCUUGACAAGAUCUUGUUCUUCUAUCCUCCUGAUGUAACCUUCUCCACUCAGCUCUCUGUUAUCGGCCUCAGCGAAGGGCUUAUCACCUUUACUAGACUUUUCUCCCCAGAGGCAGCUUGUGAGGUAAUAGAAGCAGAGAGACAUUCCCAUAUUUUCCAUGAAGCCGAGCCUGAUAUAUGGAUGGUCAUGGUUGUAGAGAAAAAUAAGGAGAUUGAAGCCAUAUGGAGGGUUGAUGCAUUGCAGAAGGUGCUAAAGGAAGUCCAUUCCCUCUUUGUUAUGUUCCACGGAUCAGUUAGGUCAUUGCUUGAUAAAGAACCAUCUGGUGGGCUUAUACGAUCUCACUUGUAUCCCUUCAUCACAGACUAUUUAAAUGGUAAGCACACAAUAUCACCACCAGUUCCAGCACACUAUAUCCCUGUGUUAUAUCUCUUAUCAAAAAGGUUUCUCUUGUGUAUGUCAGAUCUUUCUGUUGGGAAGAAACUUCAGUUGCCUUCCUUCCGUGAAACUUUGAAAGAGCGUGGUACAGUUCAGAUGCUUACUUUAGCAAGGGACGCGGCACUUGAAGUUCAGUCUCUCGUGGGAGUGCUAGAUUCAUGUGCUGGGACCCUUCGAUGCCACUCUGUGAUUCUGUUUCAUGACCUACUGGUGUCAACAACUCUAUCGCCUGAUGAUACUGUGGACUUGUUUACAUUCUCUGUAAUGAGACUGACCUCAAACGCGCUAUCUUCCGGCACGAGUUCAUGGUCAUAUCUACGCAAGGGAACUAGCUUAUCACAAACCUCUUCUAGAUCUACCUCACCGCAACUUCUUGUUUCAAGUGAUUCACUGCCUUCAGGAAACGGUAAUGACGCAGGUCGUGUUAUUAGACCAUUACAACACAACAAGUGGUCCAAAGGGAAAGACGGGUUUCUUGUAACCGAUAUCUGGGGAAAAGACGCGACACCGACGAUCUGGCUACAGCAGAGAGAAGAGAGAGUUCAUCUUUUAGCCUAUCAACACAAAUGUCUCACCUUGGUUCUUCUGGUGCCUACCGAGGCCAUUGUUAAUGGAGAGCUAGACAUCUCAUUCGUGAAGCACCAAGUUACUGAAAACGCAUCUGCGAAAAUCUUGAAAGUUGAAGAGAAGCUGUCAAAAGGUUGGGGAGGUGAGAACGCUUACCAUGUAAGCGGUUACCGUUACUUGCUAGUUGAUAAUGAUAUGGAAGUUUCCAGAGCUUCUCCGUCGGGGAAGGUAGCAACGUUAGCAAAGGAGACUUUACUUGCAGUAAACAAGCUAAGGGAAACAGUGGAUACAGAAAAGAGCCGCACGAAGGAAGAGAAAGACAUGGAGAUAUGCAUCAGAGCAAAGAACAACGCGUGGGCCAUCGCACGUGUAACGAGAGGGAAAGAGCUUUACAUGGCUUUGGAGAAAGCAAGUGACACUCUUCUUGAUGCUACAGACUCUGUCCAAAGUUUUAGCAACAGGUAUUGCAACGGAACAUUCUCUAUGGAUUAAAGUUGUGCAAUCUUUUUUAAUUACGUUGAGAUAAUUUUCAUUAAGCUUAACGCUGAGAUUUACAUGAUGAAAGAGAGAUAACUUUUUAUUUACAUCUUAAGUACCGUUCACGAGACAGUUUCAUGUAUUUACAUCGUUCCUUAUAGUCUCUAUGUUGUCAUUUAUGUGCA